CCACUUGUAAAUAGCUGACACUACUGAUCCGAUCAUGGACGCGACAAGGUCCUGUUUACCAUUAUGCGUUCACAUGAUCUACGAGUCCGAUCCACAACUUGCGUCCUUAUGAUAGCUUCGUAAGCCAAUUGCAAUCAGUCUGCACCAUCAUCCGUUAUCAGCGCUUCGACCUUAUGCGUAAAGACUGGCCUCAAUAUUCGCGACCAUGUAACUAUAUAUACAGGGUCAGUUUUGCUGUCUUCAUCCAGCUAACACACCAACCAUGUACAUCCCUCCAUUCGAUACCACCUCCUACUCCACCACCACCCAAUCACCCAAUCCAUCCUGGACGUACGGCCAGAAAGUCGACGUCACUCCUACCGGAAAAGACUGGCUCGCAGGCGAUUCUGCAGGCUGGAAAGUCUAUAACACAGCAGAAAUGGACAAGGCCAAUAUUAGGAAACUCUUGAAUUCAGGCAUUGCACCACGCCCCAUGACAAUUGUAUCUACGAUCAGCGAGGAUGGCGUAGAGAACCUGGCAUCGUUCAGUUGGUUCAACACAGUCACGGACUACCCGCCUGUCAUCUCAUUCGGAAUCAACCGAAACCCUGCGGGCCACCUAAAAGACACGACCAGGAACUUGAAGAACGGUCAAGGGUUCGCCGUGAACAUCAUCAGCGAGGCGUUUAUCGAAAAUGCAAAUGCAGCUGCCGUAGACGCUCCUCCCGACGUCGACGAGUGGACUCUCAGUGGUCUGACAAAGGAGAAAUGCGUGCAAAUAAGAGCCUCGCGCGUCAAAGAAAGCGCUUUUAGUAUGGAAUGCGAGCUGUACAAAUCGAUAGAUAUCACGCACCCGGUCACAGGCGAGCACACCAGCACGCUCAUCCUCGCGCACGUCAAGUACUUUCAUGUGCGCAAAGACAUGCUCACAGGCAGGGGUGCCGUCGACCUCGCCAAGUUCAAGCCUGUCGGACGUGUGGGCGAUAUCUCAUAUGCCCGGGUUGGAGAUACAUAUAGGAUCCCUAUUCCAUUAUGGGCGCAGGAGGAGGCAAAAAUACAGGAAGCAUUGAAGACUCUCGCAUCAACAUGACAUAGAACGGAGAUUGGCUCACUAUUUUUCUAGGGAACAUAUACCAUAGAUCAUAUAGAUAUCAUCAUCCAGGCGGGAUCGAGUCCGUCGUUAUUUUUUAUCCUUAAAAUAGACCUUCAUAAUUGACUAGCAAGCCUUACUUUUUACAUCAUAAUAAUCAUCAACUUCUCAAAUA